AACAAACAUUUUGUUUGCACAUGUAGGCUUUUCUGUUCAUUCAAAUGUGUUGAUCUAUUGUCAUAGACAAGUGUUUUUGGGCCAGCCUGAAGCGGGCUAAUUGCAACAUAAUGGGACGGCUUUAGUCUGGACUUUGCUAUUGUUUUAUUGCUCUGAGCAGCUGACAUGUUGACGCCCUGCAUCUGCUCACUCAGUCCACAAGCUCUGUGAAGAAUUAGCCUCAUACUGAGAAAGGACAGCCAUGUCUCGAUACCACAAGGCAGCCAUCGAUGGUUACUUGGACCUUUUGAAGGAGGCCACCAGGAAGGACUUGAACUCCCCGGACGAAGAUGGCAUGACACCUACCCUGCUGGCUGCUUUUCACGGACAUGUGGAUGCGCUCCAGCUCAUAUGCAGCAGAGGGGGAGAUCCCAACAGAAGCGACAUUUGGGGAAACACUCCGCUGCACCACGCCGCCGCCAAUGGUCACAUGCACAUCCUCAGCUUUCUGGUCAGCUUUGACGCCAACCUGUUUGCGCUGGACAAUGAGCUGCACACGGCCAUGGACGUGGCCGCCUCGCGGGACCGCAUGGACUGCGUGCGGUUCUUGGACGCCGCCGCAUCUCAGCAGACAAACCAGAAUCCCAAGAAGGUGGCCAGGUUAAAGAAAGAGGCCGGAAAAGAAGCGGAGAAACGAGUGAAACUUUGCGAGAAGGUGAAGAAGCGACACCAAAGCAAGAUGGAUAAGAUGUACCGCGGGCCGGAUACAGCCGGAUCUGCUUCGGAGGCUGGCGAUUUGUCAGUUUUGUCUGGCGCCAGCACUGUGAGCAGCGUCAACGAGCAGUUCUCCAAGCUCAUCGCCUCUGAAAAAUCUGGCUCAUUGACCGCUAGGGUUAAAGGCACGCUGCAGAUGAAGCUCGGGAAGAAAGAUAAGGGAACUCUGCAGAAAUCUGCUGCCGAUGGGAACGUCAUUUUCCUCAAGCAAGAGGACGCGGCGUCUGGGAAUCCGGAGUUUUUGGAUGUUUUCAACGAGCAGGAUGAAAGGAGCCUGGAAGAAGAAGCAGAAGCAGACUAUGGAGACGAAGAUGAAUCAGGCCCAGUUAAACAGUCCAUCUUCAACAGGCCCGGCCUGGGCGGGCUUACCUUCAUGAAACGGAUGAGCCUGGAGACGGAGGAGGUCUUGAGCAGGAACAACGAAAACCUCGGCUACCUUGUUCAGAACCAAACUCUGGAGACAGAAGAAGACCUCUCCGGUUUAGUGGAGAAUGCCGACGUCCCGUGGGAGCAAGAAGAUCUGGGCCUGGAUGACGACGAGGAGGAAACGUCUCCUCUGGACGGCUUCUUGGCGUCUAUCUCCUUGUCCGAGUUUGCUCUGGCAUUCACCAGAGAGCACCUGGACCUGGAGGCGCUUACGCUCUGCUCAGACGAAGACCUGAAAAGCAUUCGCAUCCAGUUGGGACCCCGGAAGAAGAUCUUGGACGCUGUUGCACGUCGCAAGAAAGUACUGGAGAGCCCAGGUGCCAUGGGAGAGAGCUGCCUGUAAUAACCUCAAUAAAAGAUGACAGUGUGUUCGUGUCUGCCAUUAGGAACCGCACAAAUUGAAUGUAAACCUGUGUCUUCAAGUUUCAAACAAGAGCACAAUUGUUGUUUACAGUAUUUAAUGAUUUGAUUAAUGUAGACAAUUCAUACUGGGGAAAAAUUUGUAUCAAUUAAAAUGUCACUUAUUUGAGUCAAAUGAUUUUACUUGCUUUGGCUAUAUGACAUCACAGCACUGGCUGCCACUGAAAACAGAAGACGUUUAGUCCAUUUAAACUAGAUUCAGUUCAAAUGGAUUGGGUAUCUAUCACUAUCAAUAUCACUGAAACAUAUACCCUCACUGCUACCUUUCCCAAUUAAAAUGGAUGUCUAUUGCCAUCACCUUCCCAGUGGCAGCCAAUGAGGUAACUUUAAUUUGAUGAACACCGAGUAAUAUCAAACAUCGACAUUCAUUAAAGAAAAUAUCAAUUCAGAAUAUCAAAUAAACAAUCAAUAUUUAUACAUAUAAUCAGGGGUGAAAGUGGCAAGAAUUUCUUGCUUGAACUCCUCGACGUGAAGGUCGCCACAGAGCCAGAGAUUUUAUUUAUUUAUUAAUUUUUUCCUUUCAUUUUUGGGGGGUCAAACCUCUUAAACUACUGAAAUGCAAAGAAAACUUAUUUCUA